GUGCGCGACAGGCGAGGCCUGGCAGUCGAUUAUGUUGUCCUGUGUUUCGGGCAAACCAUGCGAUACUAAGACCAAUAAGACGGAAGAUGAAAUGUUUUCGUGUGGUUCAGACCUUGCUUAUUCAUAUUUUGUCACUUUCAUAUUCUUUUGCUCAUUUCUCAUGUUGAAUCUAUUCGUGGCUGUUAUUAUGGAUAACUUUGAUUACCUAACCCGUGAUUCUUCUAUACUGGGAGCCCAUCACUUGGACGAGUAUAUCAGGAUGUUGAAUCUAUUCGUGGCUGUUAUUAUGGAUAACUUUGAUUACCUAACCCGUGAUUCUUCUAUACUGGGAGCCCAUCACUUGGACGAGUAUAUCAGGGUUUGGGCUGAAUAUGACCCAAACGCCACCGGAUAUAUACACUACUCGGAAAUGUACGAUAUGUUGAGGAAUAUGGACCCACCAUUAGGGUUCGGUAACAAAUGUCCGUACAGACUGGCCUAUAAGAAACUGAUUCGCAUGAAUAUGCCCAUCACUGAAGAGGGGAAAGUCAACUUCACGACAACACUGUUUGCAUUGAUCAGAGAAAACCUUAGUAUUAAGAUGAGACCCGCCGAGGAAAUGGAUCAGGCGGACAGGGAGCUCAGACACACACUUAACAAACUAUGGCCACUCCAGGCCAAGAAGAUUAUUGACAAACUGAUUCCAACCAACGAUGAGCUGCGUAACGGACGUCUGACUGUCGGCAAAAUAUAUGCCGGCUUUUUAGUACUCGAGAACUGGAAA